CUGAAGCUAAACGCCCCAAACGCAGACGGAGGAAACUGUUCGGUUUCCCCUGAGGUCCUGGAGCUCCGACGGAAUAAGAAACGCGUUGCCGUGGAGACGGAGGAGCGAGAAAGGGAGCGAGAUGUAAACAUCUCCGCCUAUGACCGGGACAACAAGAUCCGCGUGGCCAUUAAAAAGAUCAGCCCCUUUGAGCACCAGACCUACUGCCAACGCACCCUGAGGGAAAUCAAGAUCCUCCUCCGCUUCAAACACGAGAACAUCAUCGGAAUCAACGACAUCAUCCGCACGCCGUCCAUCGACCAGAUGAAGGACGUAUAUAUUGUCCAGGACCUCAUGGAAACCGACCUGUACAAACUCCUGAAAACUCAGCACCUGAGCAACGACCACAUCUGCUACUUCCUGUACCAGAUCCUGCGAGGGCUAAAGUACAUCCACUCAGCCAACGUCCUGCACCGCGACCUGAAGCCCUCCAACCUGCUGCUCAACACCACCUGUGAUCUCAAGAUCUGUGACUUUGGCCUGGCCCGUGUGGCCGACCCCGACCAUGAUCACACCGGUUUCCUCACAGAGUACGUGGCCACGCGCUGGUACCGCGCCCCAGAAAUUAUGCUCAACUCCAAGGGUUACACCAAGUCCAUAGACAUCUGGUCGGUGGGCUGCAUUCUGGCCGAGAUGCUCUCCAACCGGCCAAUCUUUCCUGGAAAGCACUAUCUGGAUCAGCUCAACCACAUUUUGGGUAACAAUAAUACUUUGUUUUAA